CACCCCACCCCGUCAUGUUGUUCGUGCGAGUCAGCCAAGUAUCAAAUGACCUUCAGCAGUCUCUGGUCCAAUCAGGCCCAUCCGGAGUUCUUUUUUCAAGGUCGUUUGCAGCUGGUCACAAUGAAAUGGUCAAACAUCGUCGGUUCAACGCACAGCAGCAAAUACAUCAUGUGGCAGUAUGGGAGGGAGGUCUCAGAUGGAAUGGUCCACUUGUGUAAA